GACUACUACGAUUACGACCCGGGGCCCCAGACCGACGACGUGUUCGACGUGGACGAGUUCGACGAGAUCUACGCCUCCUAUACGGACGCAAACAGCAAGCUGAACAACCUUCGCGUGAGCCGGGGCUUCUACCCUGUGGUGGCCUUGGUGGACCGCGGUGGCAACAACGCUGUUCGACAAGGAGGCGCUGGAAAAGGCCGAGGCAAAGCUCGACGCGACAAAGGGCGUGGCAAAGGCGCUGGUGGCAAACAAGGACCUCUGUCGCCAAAGGGAUCGACCGCCAAAGCCCGUGGCCAACAGGCGGUGGGAAGGCAAAUCUGUCUUCGCUGCGGCCAGGCCGGGCAUUGGGCACGAAAUUGCCCGCAGGCCGGUGCCGACAAGAAGAGGAAAAUUGAUGGUGGAGACGAUGAGGUGAUGAUGGUUGCCGAGACCUACAGCCUGAACGACGAGGACCUCGAGGAGGAGACGAACAACCGGGCGAUGCAGGACGGUGGCGCAGCAAGUGUUCUUGGCAGUGCCACGGCAAUCCGGAGCUACCUGCGGUACCUCCUCGAGAAGGGCGUGGACCUGUCAGCCAUACCCUGCUUCAGGUGCUCCAAGGGCUUUCGCUUCGGCAACUCUGCCACCGGAGGUUCUCGACACUGUCUUCUGCUUCCUCUUACCUUGGAGGGCCGGAAGCUGCAGAUCCUGACCUAUGUCAUCGAGGGCAACGUGAAGAAUGGCCAGUGGCAGGACAUUCCCCUUGGACCACGAGGAGAACACCAACUUAUACUCUCCGAGGACGUGACCCGCCUGCUCGACAACAGCUCCUUCGACGAGAUCCUUGUGCCCGACGACUACGAGAACCACGUGGGGACUCACGACCCCAUCGCCCUGGAGGAGAUCCUUGAACUGUCCGAGCCCGCCCUUGCCUAUGAGGAGGUGAGCCUUGUGAAGCACCACCACGACGAGACGGGGGACCCUUUGCACGAGACCGAGCCCAAUGACAGCAAGAACGUCACGGCCGACACCCCGACCUCUGCGCACGACCCCAACACUCGGGUGCCCCAUGGGGACACCAACGACGCGACCAAGUGGACAAGGACAAACGACACCACUGCGACGCACCACGACAAGGAGACCGUGACCUUCACCGACGACAAGACGAACAAGCACGACGACACCACUGCGGCGCACCACGACAAGGAGACCGUGACCGUCACCCACGACAAGGCGAACAAGCACAACGACACCACGGCAACGCACCAUGACAAGGAGACCGUGACUCUCACCGGUGACAAGGUGAAGGCUUUGAGCAAGGGACGCCUGCGCGGACUUAUCAUGAUGGCCCAAGCCGCGAACAAGAAGCACAAGAGCCUCCUCUCCCAAGCAAGCAGAGUGGGCGAUGAUAGCCAUCAUGUGGUCUGGCAGGUGUUCACUGGAAAAGGCCGCCUCGAGGAUGCGAUUUGUAAGCAGGGCGGCAAGGUCCAGAACUUCUCCAAGGAGACCGGCUGGAACUUUUCCCAGCCAAAGGUGCGAAAACGUUUCUUGGCUAAGCUUCAGGAGGAACAGCCCGAUGAGGUGAUGAUUGCUCCGUCUGGGCGGAUAUGGAGCCCUGCGGUGGACCUGAGUGUGGCUACUGACCCAGGCCGUGCACCAGAGCUUCGCCGUCUUCGACAGGACAACCACGACAACAUCCUUGUGUUUGCCGCGGUGAUCUUCGAGACUCAGCGCCGUGCGGGGCGCCAUGCUCACAUUGAGCAGGCCUGGAACUCAAGGGCAUGGAUGACCAAGGCCUUUGCCCGACUCCAGGGUCACAGCACCUACGUGGACCAGUGUGAGUACGGCCUUUCUCUCCCCGGCAACAAGAGCGAACACAGGCCAAUAAGGAGGGCGACUUGCUUCUUUACCACCAAGCGAACCUUGGCACUUCGUUUGGAGAAGCGGUGUUCUGGAAAGCACCACCACACCAAUGCCGCGGACAACCAGGAGCAGACGUCCUAUGACUACCCGCCGGAGCUUGCUGAGACCCUGGCUAGCCUGCUGUUGCAGAAGGAGAGCACCGAUGCAGUAUAUGCAACCUCGCCGGAGCCCGUGAACGACGAGCUCGAGAGCCAGGACAAGGAACCAGCAGACAACACCAAGGAUGUGAGCCGAAAGAACCGGGACGAGGAACCAACAGACAACACCGAGGAUGUGAGCCGAAAGAACCGGGAUCUUCGUUCGAAAGUGGGCAGCCAGGCCAUGAACUAUGUGACUCGCCUCCACAAGAACCUGGGUCAUCCUAGUGCUGAUGUGUUGGUUCGCAUGCUCGAGGAGGUCCAGGCUACAGCCAAUGUUAUCGAGGCGGCGAAGGGAUACGUAUGCCCCACAUGCUACAGUCGUCGCCGACCACCUGGUGUUCCUCCAGCUGCUGGUCUCAUGGCCCGGAACUUCGGCGACAGGCUCAUGGCAGAUAGUGCUUGGAUUGAUUUGGAGGGUGGCCGUCGAUGUGUGCUGACCGUCAUGGACCAG